AUGGAGGGCGAGGAGCGAGGGGACCCGCUGCCCCAGGACCCCUCGGGCUGGCGCUCCCGGGCCUCGCUGCCGGCCUCGCUGGCCUCCUUGGCCGACGCCCGGCCGGAGAGGUCGGUGAGCCUGGAUACCCCGUGGUGGCUGCAGCCCUCGCGGUCCCCUCAGCCCAAGACCCGCUACCAGCUGCUGAGUGGUGGCAGCAACGGCAGCGCAGUCAGCGCGGCGCCGCGCCACCCGAGCAUGGAACUGAUGUGGCGUCAGUCGCCCUCCGACAUGUCGCCUGACUCAAAAGCGCGGGAAACACCGACGGGAUCUCGACAAAGGUCGCCUGGAUCCAGAGUGGAGGACCUGCUGGACCACUUGCAAGGCGAAGUGGAGGUCAUUGACAACAAGCCCUCCGCGCUCCCGCUGAGUCAGCCCAAAAAGGCAGAGACGCAAGAUCUGUUGAGGAGCGAAGUGCUUCUGUGGACGACGCCCGAUGCUUCUGGUAUGUCGCCAACUAGUAAGCUCACAUUCUGGGGGCGAAGUGACAGCAUCUCUGAUGAGCGCAUGCCAGCAUUGCCUGUUGAAUGCUCGCCGGAAAGCGCUGCUCCAGUUGAGGCAAUCGAGCUGGAGCGUGACCUGUAUGCCUUCUCACUGGCACCUCAGAUUGGGUGUUUGGCCGCGUUCUGCUCGCCCGUGAUCUCCGCCACAGCCCAGCUGGCAGUGCUGUACUUCUUGGCCUACCAGAACGAGAACAUGUUCGAGGAGGGCAAGUGGAAACAACCCAUUUCGCCGUACUGGAGCCUGAAUGUGAUGAAGGUCAUUUCCAUCGCCGUGUCACUUUUCAAGGUUUCCACGGAGUUGCAGAACGCGCAGCAGCUAUGUCGCUCGCUGCUGGUUGGAAGAUUCAUGGACACCUGGCGCUUGGUCGCGGGGUGGUGGUCCUUAUCACUGCAGUAUUCUACGGGCCUUUGCGUUCUGUUCGUGUCCCUCUCCAUCGUGCUGGGCGCCACGUCCUGUGUGGGUUGCUUUCUGAAGAUCUUCAGCGUGUUCAUCAUCGUGGACAUGGACAAUCUGGCCGUAAGGUUCUUGGAUGGCAUGAUGUUCCUGGACUUCCAUGUGGUGGUUGAUCCCGAGCGGCUGCAGAGAUACCGCAGGAAGCGCGGAACUAUCAGAGGCCUUUCCAUUCGCCUGAUCUUCAUGAUCAUGCCAAUCACAUUGAUCGUGGCCUCUUGGAUCGUGUCCAUGUACUUCAACACUACGCCGCUCACUUUGCUGGCGUUUGGGAAGGUGGACAACCUGCACGCGCCGAAGAUGAUCAACAUCGGCGGGUGCUGCCCUCCAAACAUGAAGCUUGAGCACCUGAAGGGCGAGGGCCUGGCAGCGAACGUCUCCGUGCUGCUGCUGGCAGCGCUGGACACUGGCGAUAGGCCUGUUCCUCCGCGACUCCACUGGAUUGCACUCGAUUCGCAGGCUGAGCCGAUUGUUCCUUCCUCAUUGCAGGUACUGCGAGGCAACGAUGGCAACAACAACGCCGCGUUCAGAGCUGGCAGCGCGCAGACCGUCAGGAGCCAGGCGUACCAUUGGAUGGAGGCGCAUGUCAAGUCGCAGACCAGCACCUAUUACAAAGACUUGUUGAAGCAGGAGAAGCUGUACAAAACCACCGAGCCCUUUGAGGGCAGCUUUCUAAUCUCCGGGAUUCAGGCCGAGUUCCCCACCACUUACACGGUCUUUGUCACAGCGGAGAACCCGCACAGUCGAGCUUUGGCUGGCACCCCUGCGAAGGCAAGUUUGUUGAUCCCGGCUUGCUCUCCCUUCUGCGAGUCCUGUGAGCUCUCGGGAUCUCACCUUUGCGACCCGGGGAAGUGCAUCAAAGGCACGCACUACCAUCAGGGGCGCUGCUGGCCGUGUGUGGACCAUUGCGAGAGCUGCGAAUUUGGGGCCGCACCUUUGGACUUCGGGGUGGUGAACCUCACGGAUUCGGAGUCCAUCCCCUGUGACUAUGGUGGCUGCAAAGACGGCUUUGGACUACACGCUGGGAGGUGCUUACCUUGCAAGGUCGAAGACUGCAGAGACUGCUAUGAGGACUUGGCGGUUUGCGGGCUGUGCAAGCCUGGCUUGGGGUUGGACAACAACGGCACAUGUCAGCAGUGUGGCGGCCCACAUUGCAGGUGUUUUGAGAAGGGUGGCUGCGAAGAGUGUGAGAAUGGAUGGGGCCCUGCCGAAAACGCCACCUGCGUCGAAUGCGCGGAUGGCUGCAGUACGUGUCCCGUCUUCCACACGAAGUGCAAGGAGUGCGAACUGGGCUUUGUUCUAGAGAGGGAACAAUGUCAGCGCUGCGUUCCUCACUGCCGAAACUGCACGGUUAGUGGGCUGGACAGCUGCGAUGAGUGCUUCCCUGGCUUCGGGUUGAACAUGCUCACCAUGAAGUGCAACCCCUGUGAGGUGGAGCACUGCCUUCAGUGCAACGGGGAUCAGCGGCGCUGCUCUGUGUGUGAGAGCGGCUUUGGAGUCACGCCGGAAGGUCUUUGCCAAGACUGUGGGGAGUUCUGCAAGGAGUGCGACGCCAUCCAUGACUGCAAGGUCUGCCAGGAAGGCUUCGUGUCGCUGGAUGGGCUGUGUCUCGGAUGCGCCGAUCGCUGCGGCAACUGUGACAAAGCCGGGCCUGCGAAGUGCGACCGCUGCUUCCAAGGCUUCCAUGUGACCCAGGAGGGCAUCUGCGAGCUCGGGGCCACACAAGUGGCCCACGUGGCGCACGCGCACGUGUGA